GCAUCAUGAAGCUGAAUCCAUUUGUAACAUCCUCCCGCCGCAAGAACCGCAAGAGGCAUUUCAAUGCCCCCUCACACAUCAGGAGGAAGAUCAUGUCUUCCCCACUCUCUAAGGAGCUCCGCCAAAAGUACAACGUGAGGUCCAUGCCCAUCCGCAAAGAUGAUGAAGUCCAGGUUGUCCGGGGACACUACAAAGGCCAGCAAAUUGGCAAAGUGGUCCAGGUCUACAGGAAGAAAUAUGUCAUCUAUAUUGAACGCGUGCAGAGAGAGAAGGCCAACGGAACCACAGUCCACGUCGGCAUCCACCCCAGCAAGGUGGUCAUCACCAGGCUAAAGCUGGACAAGGACCGCAAGAAGAUCUUGGAACGCAAGGCCAAGUCCCGUGCUGAUGGAAAGGAGGGCAAAUACAAGGAGGAGACCAUUGAGAAGAUGCAGGAGUGAAAAAAAUCUUUUGCUAUCAAUAAACUGUAUAAAUGGAAA